CCUCCCUUCUGUCCUCCGGCCCGCAGGGGUCGCUCUAGAAGGCGCCCCGGAGGCGGUGGCCGGGUGAUGGCGGCCCCACCGGCCCCCAGCUCGGGGCCGCGGUUGGCGCGGACCAUGCUGGGGCAGGUGGUGCUGCCCGGGGAGGAGCUGCUGCUGCCCGAGUCGGCGGGGCCGAACGCCGAGGGCUCCGCGGAGCAGAUGCUGCGCCUGGGGUCAAUCGUGCGGCCCCGCGCCCGCGUGGUGUGCGGCCCGGGCCUGCGGCGCUGCGGGGACCGCCUGCUGGUCACCAAAUGCGGCCGGCUCCGCCACAAGGAGCCCGGCGGAGGCGGCGGCGGCGGCGUGUACUGGGUGGACUCCCAGCAGAAAAGAUAUGUCCCUGUUAAAGGAGACCAUGUGAUAGGCAUUGUGACUGCUAAAUCUGGUGACUUGUUCAAGGUUGAUGUUGGAGGAAGUGAACCAGCUUCUCUGUCUUACUUGGCAUUUGAAGGAGCAACCAAAAGAAAUAGACCAAAUGUGCAGGUGGGAGAUCUCAUUUAUGGCCAGUUUGUUGUUGCCAAUAAAGACAUGGAACCAGAGAUGGUCUGUAUUGAUAGCAAUGGAAGAGCAAAUGGAAUGGGUGUCAUUGGACAGGAUGGCCUGUUGUUUAAGGUGACUCUGGGUUUAAUCAGAAAGCUUUUAGCUCCUGAAUGUGAAAUUAUCCAGGAGAUAGGAAAACUCUACCCACUGGAAAUAGUAUUUGGAAUGAAUGGAAGAAUAUGGGUUAAAGCAAGAACCAUUCAACAGACUUUAAUUCUGGCAAAUGUUUUGGAAGCUUGUGAACACAUGACCACAGAGCAAAGAAAGCAGAUAUUUUCCAGGUUGUCAGAAAGUUGACGAUGCUUCUCUGCUUCAUUCUUUAUGGUGGAAUAUGAUAUGAGCUAGUGGUAACACUGAUAGUUUUAUAAGAACUUUUUCAUCUUCAGAUGAAACCUUCCCUUCUCCCCAGUUUCUCAGGAUAAUGUACAAUAAAAACAUUUGUUUUUGAAUUUCUUUUUUUAUUACUAAGAAAGACAUUAUCUGAGGGUAUACCCCCCUCAGUUAAGUAGCCAGUCCCAACUCAGCUAUCUUUGUCAGAGCCAGGCCCCAAGAGGAAAUGGUUAACAGAGCAAGACCAAGCUUGAGGUUGGGAAGGAAUGGGGGGAGAAUUAUUGAGCGAGACAGCAGCACAUUUCGUUACUCAGGACGCCAACCCUGCAGUUACCAUUCCUGCCACCUGACAUUUGCCCUCUCUUGAAACUGAAAACACAGAGCUUGUGAAUGCACGUCAGCUGUUAAGUGGUUUUUAGUAUGUUCUUGGCUUUGUUGUAUCUAGUGCCAGUUUUGUGCUGGUUUUUUCCACACUGCCUUGGCCCAUUCCCUCCGCUCCCCUCCUUCUUUCCCUGUUUUCUUCUUUGUUUUCAUUUUCACAUAAUUUUUGUAGCACAUGGUUUCUUGCAGAUGAACAAACACUGCUGUCAUCAUUGAGGGUGGGAGUUCCUGAAGAUGAGGUGGUGUUCCAUUUCCCUCCUCAGCUUUCUCUGUUUCACUUUAGAAACCCAGAUUAGACUUUGUUAAAACUCCAAUAUUGUUUCCUUUGGCUUUUCCUCACCUUUUCUGACCUGCAUGUUUGGUUCUGGGUUGCUGUGGCUCCAAGAAGCAAAUAGGAAAGAACUCCCCAACAGGUUGGCCCAUCUGUUGACCUACACAUAGAAUUAGACACCUUUUCUAAGGCUAGGGAUCAAACACUGGCAUAGUCCUUCUAACCAGUUCACAGGUAGUUUUCUUUACCUCUGACCCUCCCCCCCCAAUUCCUUUCCAUAAACAGAUACAAGUAAAAUAGGAUCAAAUUUAAAAAUAUAUGUAUCUAUAUAAAAUGUGGAGAAUGGGUAUUACUUUAGAGAAUUAAUUGGCUUCAUUCCCACAGGUCUGUCAAUCAUAACUCUGCCCAAACCAAAAUCCAUACUAGGGAACUCCUUUUAUUAAGCAGAUUAGAAGGUUGUGUUUGUUUUAACUAUUACAAACUGCCGUCUGGUUUUAUCUCCACUGGGGUAAGGUGCUUUGGGGGCUUGCACAGCAGUGCAGAUCUGUGCCUGUUUGAACAUAAAGAAAUGCUCAUUGAGUCUUUGCUUUUUUAAAAAUUACCCACUUUUUUGGUUUUACAUGUUUGGUGAGUAACUUUUAAAUUCAGGUUUAUUCAAAUAAAGUUGACUUUGUGUUGUGUUGGAA